AUGGCUGUCGCUCGACCUCAUCAGAGAUGGCUGGCCAUCUUGGUCUCAGCGCUGACGUUCUUGUGCUCAAGGACGGCGGCUCAGGCUAUUGCACCGUCGAACAACACACAAGAUCUGCUUCCAGUCUCGACGUCCCCCAGAUUCAUCUUGAAUGGCACCGAAUUCCCCAACGUUCCUGUGGUAGACAUGGCACCGCUAGGUCCUUAUGCACAAAUGUCGCAUGCAGGCUUUCUCCAAGUCCGUGUGGAAGGACAUUUGGUCAAUCUCGAUGCGUCCAACGCCAACGACAUCGCAGAUGUGGAUCAGUUUUCCUAUGUUUCCUGCGAUCCGGAGGACUAUCCUGACAACUUGGAUGCAAGUGAAGUCUUCCGUAUUGUGGUGAACUCACCGCGCGCCAACAUUGUCAUUUUGUACAGCGAGACAAGCGAUCAUUGCACCGCAACCGGGCUAGAUGGGCUUCCGACGAUCGGAGGAAUUUUGACAACAACCAACCGUGCGACAGCGUCCAAGCUGGCUGAUUUGAGCCUGACCCAAGGAAGUCCCGGCACAGCCACCAUCCUUCCAGAUCUGACGUCCUACACCAACUCCUCUGCGCCUGGAUUCAACGGAAAUGGUAGCAUCGGACAAUCUCCGACGACCGCGGUUGCCAUGAUCAUUUUGUAUUCCAUCACCGGCAUCAUCACCGCUCUGUUCGUUGUCAUUAUCGUCACUGGCGCCAUCCGGGCGCAUCGACACCCUGAAAGGUACGGACCUAGAAACAUCGCCGGCAGAGGCAGACAAAGUCGUGCCAAGGGUAUCGCGCGUGCUAUGCUUGAGACCCUCCCGAUCGUCAAGUUUGGCGAUCAUCAAGAUCUGCCCGCUAAACCAGCCGAAGGGUCAGAUAUCGAAAUGAAUGCUGGAACCACUCCGGCGCCUGGUGCCAACAAUGCGGACUCGACGAACAAAGCUGGAGCGGGUGAGGUCGUCACUUCUGAGUCAAGCAGCGACCGAGCACCAGCAGUCAUCGCCACCAGUAACCCCGACGGUACUGAUGCCGAAGGUCAUCUGGGCUGUUCGAUAUGUACCGAGGAUUUCAAGAAGGGAGAGGAAGUGCGUGUGUUGCCCUGCAACCACAAAUUCCAUCCUGACUGCGUUGACCCGUGGCUCCUGAACGUCAGCGGAACCUGUCCGUUAUGUCGAAUCGACCUGAGACCACAGGCUCAAGAGAUCGAGGGCGAGGAACGAAGGGGUUCUACCGCGACAGCGGACCAGGAUGGCCAAUUCCCACCGCCACUACCUCCUGCUGGUACUGCCGACGCCACCGGUAGUCCACACAGAGGAGGACGAAGGGAAACUGUGGCUAAUCUCCGACAUCUGGCCUCCGGGUCUCGAGAAGAGCGCAUUGCGGCGUUGAGACGGCUGCGGCAGGAGACUCGAUCUAAUCGUCCGGAAAACGAUGAGGAGCGAUCCGGUCUCGCCAGGAGAUUCCGAGAAAGAUUCCGGAUUCGGACAGAAAGGCGCGAGACGACGACUGAAUGA